UAAUUAGGUUUUAAUUUGAUCUAAUUUUAUAAACUAAUCAUAUUAAUAGUAAAUUAAGACUCUAAGUGUAUGUUGGAAUGUCACUUAACGUGUCACAUUAGCAAAUUUUGACACCAUCAACAAACAAAGUUACGGAAGGACUAACAUGACUAAUUUAAAAUCUUUAAAGAACGAAUUUGAUUAAAAAAAUCUUUCAGGGUCCAAUUUGGAGAACGAGUGAUUUUUCAGGGACUAAUUUGAUCAUUUACUCGUUAAAUUUGCUUCUUGUUUUUUGAAUUCAUUUCAUGAUUUUGGGAAGUUUAGUCAGAGUAGUAGUGGUUUUAGUAAACAGAGUUGACUUUAGUUGUUUGUGGUUUGUUCAUACUUUCUUAUCACUUGGCUUGGAUUGUGGGAGUUUUAUAGUUGUGAGUCAUGUUUAAGGGAGUGCUUUCAUAUAGAUUGAAGCCUUCUUUCACUGUAACUGAAAUAUGAAGAGUUGGUUGAUCAUGCCUUUCUCCUUAGGGAAGGUCAAAACUAGUAAAAGGAUGGCUUUGCCCCAUAGUGAGUCUGCUCAAUUAAGCUUGAGCUAGAUGAUACAAGGUUUAAAUGGUUAAUAGAUUUCAAAUGUGGGUUUACACAGAGGAAGGUGAAGAAAAAUAUUUUGUUAUAUUCAUUCAGAGAGAGGCACUAGUGUUAAUCAUGACUCAAAUUUUGGUGGUGUGUUAGUGUUUUGUUAUCUCUUGGUUUGCAUUCUAGAGUUGUUCAUUAAUGUGUCUUAUCUAAUCGAAAUGCUAAAUGGCUCGACAAUAUUGGUGGUACGAAAUGAUGUGUGAAUAAAAAGAUAAGUAAGUUGUGUUGUUUGGCCACGGAGAAUUUCUGUCAUCAGCUAAUGACUGCACUUAAUCCUGAUUGGUUGUCAUACCUCUGUACCAUAUGCAUGAAUUUAUUUUCGUGCCACUGAUCAAUGGUCCAUCUUUAAUUACUAUGCCAAAUCAUUGGGUGGCUUUUGUUCAACAACUACAGAGGCUUGCAGCAAAUUCAUUAGUUUUGAGGAACAUGAAGCAUGUUACUCCUGACUCCCUUUUACCUUUUGAUUUGAAAUCUAAUAAAGGGUUUAAACUAUUGUCUCCUGAAUUCAAAACAACACGUAAAUUGGAACUUAAUGCAGUCAUGGCAGCUGCUGCUGGAUCUGUUCAAUCCUGUAAUGACACUUGGUCUUUGCUUUGGCUUCCUAUUGAUCUUGUUCUUGAAGAUGCAAUGGAUGGAGAUAAUGUGGCAGAGACUAGUGUUGUUCAAGUUCUUUCUGGUCUGGUGAAGGCUUUAAAAGCAGUUAAUGGCACUGCAUGGCACAAGGCUUUUUUAGGAUUAUGGAUUGCAGCACUACGACUUGUUCAAAGAGUAAGUACUGAUCCUACGGAUGUUGAUAAUCUAAAAUUAGCUGGUUGGCAGGGAUUUCUUUAUGUGGUGAAAGGGAUUUGUAGAAGGAAAUACACAAACAUGAUUUUAUGAUUU